AUGAGAAUCGAGACUUGCUACUUCUGCAGUCGCCCUGCUUACCCCAGCAAGGGCAUCACCUUCGUCCGCAACGAUGCCAAGGUCUUCCGCUUCUGCCGAAGCAAGUGCCACAAGAACUUCAAGAUGAAGCGUAACCCUCGCAAGCUCAAGUGGACAAAGGCGUACCGUGCCUCGGCGCACAAGGAGAUGACGGUCGAUUCCACCCUCCAGUUCGGCGCGCGCCGCAACGUCCCCAUCCGUUACGACCGCGACCUCGUCGCCAAGACCCUCAAGGCCAUGGAGCGCGUGUCGGAGAUCCGUUCUCGCCGCGAGCGCGUCUUCUACAAGAAGCGCAUGGCCGGAAAGCGCGAGCGCGAGCUCGCCACUGCCCGCAAGCUCGUCGCCGAGAACGAGCACCUGCUCCCCCGUCUCCGCGGUUCCGAAAAGAAGCGCCUGGCCGCCGAGGGCGCCACCGAGGACGAGAUCGCCGCCAUCGAGGCCCAGGGUCUUCUGUCCAAGUCCAAGGCCGGAAAGGUGUUCGGCAAGGAGAAGGUGCGGCAACGCGUUACUGUCGACGGAGAGAUCAUCGAGGAGAGGGAGGGUGUUGUUCAGGAGGACGACGGGGAGUGGGAUGACGAUGAGGAGGACGGUGAUGACAACGACGACGAUGUCGAGAUGGAGGACUGA